GCUGCGACCCGAAAGCGAGCGCAGACGUCAUCUUUGUGAGACCAAUUGUUUAUAUCAUGGCGUCGGUGGAUUUCAGAGAUAACCUUCUGGGGAUAUCCUGGGUGGACAGCGGCUGGGUGCCAAUUCUUAACCCUGGAAAUGUGCUGGACUACUUCUCUGAAAGAAGCAACCCCUUCUAUGACCGAACCUGUAAUAAUGAGGUAGUGAAGAUGCAGCGGCUCACUCUGGAGCAUCUGAAUCAGAUGGUGGGAGUGGAGUACAUUCUUCUUCAUGCUCAGGAGCCAAUUCUUUAUAUAAUCCGUAAACAACAGAGGCAGUCAACAACGCAAGUGAUUCCCUUGGCCGACUACUACAUCAUAGCCGGAGUGGUGUAUCAAGCCCCAGACCUGGGAACAGUUAUCAGCUCCAGAGCGCUUUCUGCCGUCCAUGGAAUCCAGUCAGCUUUUGAUGAGGCCAUGUCAUACUGCCGCUAUCACCCAUCCAAGGGAUACUGGUGGCACUUUAAGGACCAUGAGGAGAGAGAAAAAGUAAAGCCCAAGUCUAAGAAGAAAGAAGAGCCCAGCUCUCUGUUUCAGAGGCAUCGUGUUGACACACUUCUUUUGGACCUCAGAUCAAAAUUUCCACCAACCUUCUACCAGCCUAAACCUGGUGAGAAGCCUAUUCCAGUUGAGGUGAAGAAGGAGCCUGAGCCUCCCACAGAAACAGUAAAACAGGAGGAGAGGGAACCGGCCGCAAAGUCCUCCGCCCCAGCUCCACCCAGCAAACCUCCUCCUGAGAAGAGAGCAAGACUUCAGUGACCUCCACUUUCCUCACUCUCUGAAGAUCUGAACACUGCAGUGAAACGUCCUACAGCACUAACGGGAGGAACAGCUUGAGAUGGGGAGUGCUUCGGAUUCUUUCCCAAAAAUGCAACAUCAUCUGCCUCUCUGAAUGCUAAGAAUGACUUGGCGCAAAAAAGUUUCUUGUCUCAGUGCCAGAACUGCUUUUACAUGGUAACCUUAGUCUCGUACACUUGAAAGGCUUUGACAUCAUGGACGUUUCAGGCAGCUGAACUACAAACAGAGGUUAACUGCCUGGUGUCAGCAGGCGUUUUGCAGUGGAUGAGGUUUUCUGAUGAUUAGCUGACAUCAGCUUCGGUGUCAGCUUACUGUUGACAUCAGCAUGAUGCUAGUGCUGUAGUGACUUCAGAGGACAGUUUAAAUCCGUGUCUGCUUUACAGUGAGAUGUGUCACAAUGCAUCACCUCGUCGGAAAAGCAAAAAAAAAAAAACCUCCUGACCUGAGCACGUCUCUGUAAUACGUACACUUUGAUCUGUUUUUGAAAGAGAUAUUCUGGUAUUGUGUUUUUUUUGUAUUAAAAUGUGUCAGUUACUGGUU